AUGACCAGAAGGAUCGACGCAUGUAAGUGUGACAGGACAUCCUCGAGCGUCUUGAAACCGAACCAGACGCCGGUGAUGAGUCAUGGAUCUUCAGUAGAAGAGUCCGAAGUCGCCAAGGUCGAAAAGAGCACGGCAGUCGAAGUCCAAAGUCGAAGUCAUGUUGAUCACGUUCUACGAUCUCACUGCCAGCUCUGUGAAGAAGCUGUCCAACACCUUUGCUUGCUGUGGUUUGCAACAUUCCCUCAGCAAGGCUGCAUUACCACCGUCAACAAUGCAUUCGAGCAGGUGCUGGAAAGGGGUCUAAAGGUUCUAAGAUCGCCACUCACCGAUCGUCACAUACCACACCAGGCAAGUUCUCACAAAGACGGUUUGAGGAGUGAAUGUUGUAUAACCCCCUCCUCGCAUUAUUGUGUAAUAACUGUGUUUAUGUUAUGUCUUGCAGGGAACCUACAGCAGGACCUUCCCAUACAACAAGUCUCGACUCGCCCCCUCUCACCCCUACCCGGUCCGUCCAGGUCUAUUACACCGCAACCGGGACCAUCGCGGAUUCUCUCGCCCCAACCCGGGCCGUCCAGGUCUAUUACAGCACAACCGGAAAUAUCGCGUGCUCGUGUGAAUAGAAAAUAUUAUGAAAGUGACAGUGAUGUUAUUAGUGAUAAAGAAGAAGAAGAAGAUAAUAUUGUAGAGACGCCGCAUAUUAUCUCCAGGGGGGAAUUAUUUCAAGGGGCAGCCGUAAGGCUCGGCUUCAGCAUUCCUAACCAAGACCAGCCAUCUCCGUCUGAUUACCUGCGCAGAAAUCAAGAUUAUUUUACAGAUGUCUUACAAAUUCACCGCUCCACACUCGGAUGCCCUCCCCCUUCCACGAAAUCAUUUACAGGGUUUAAUAUUACCCUCUCCAAGAUAGACUUCACUACCGGCAAUGUCACGCAUAUUGAAAAAGAUAUCACACUGUGCAGUUAUGCAAUAUCUAGCGAAGACGAGUGUAGAAGAGCUGUAUGUGGAUGGGCAGAGGAAGCAGAAGCUAAACUAGAAGAGUGGUUAUCAGAUGAGGGAAGCGGACUCGAUCUUGAAUCCAUUAAUGCUCACGACAUUACGAUAUCACAUCUUCUAGUUCCCCAAGCAAUUGGACGACAUGUGGCAUAUCCUGAAGAUGUUCGAGGGGGUCAUUAUAUCUUCAACCCAACAGGUAACACAGACUGUGUCAUACGAUCCCUCGCGGCCGGAAAAUGGCUAGCAGCUGGACGCUCAAAAAAUAAUCUACACAGAGCAGUCAACACUCCGGCUAAAUGUGCGCGCCUUAUUAAACAUGACGCGGAAAAACUCCCCACCAGCUGGGAAACAUUGGGAGAAUUAGAGAGAGACAAUAGUCUCUCUAUUUAUGUCUAUACCCUUGAAAAAACGAACAUAUUCACGAAAAAUAUGCCAUAUUACAGAUCAGCCGAAUCUCACAUGUCAGGAUGUGAGAUGCCAACAAAGAUCACUUACCCGUUGCAGGGGAGUAAACUCGCCUUCGUGAAUUAUGGGAAAGCAUUUGCACCAUCACACAUGUGUAUCUACGACUUUGAAGCCUUCAUGGACAAGACUGGUGGAGGGGAGAGAUGUAUAGCACAGCACAAAGCCUGUGCCUACAGCUAUAUCAUAAUAGACAGACAAGAUGAAGAAGCUUUUAAGAAGGCCGAAAUGUGCGAAAUGUGCAACCAAAAAUUCCCACACAUCAACAAAAGCACAGACACCACGACCAUACUAAAGAUCGGAUGA